AUGCACUGUAUUGGACCUUAUAUAGACAGGUACACACCUGGUCAGAGAAACCACAACCUUCUGGCCUGCAGCCCUGUGUGCUGUCAGAGAACCCUCAACCUUCUGGCCUGCAGUCCUGUGUGCUGUCAGAGAACCCUCAACCUUCUGGCCUGCAGUCCUGUGUGCUGUCAGAGAACCCUCAACCUUCUGGCCUGCAGUCCUGUGUGCUGUCAGAGAACCCUCAACCUUCUGGCCUGCAGCCCUGUGUGCUAUCAGAGAACCCACAACCUUCUGGCCAGCAGUCCUGUGUGCUAUCAGAAAACCCACAACCUUCUGGCCAGCAGUCCUGUGUGCUAUCAGAGAACCCUCAACCUUCUGGCCAGCAGUCCUGUGUGCUGUCAGGAUGAAGAACAGUUUGUUCAACUGCAGAGACCAAUCACAGUCCCUGGUCUGUCCUAG